CGCAUGCGUAACGGACGUGUGGCGGGGCACCCGGAAGUCACCUCGUUCUCGGGCGGUGGGGGCUGGUCGUCAUGGCGACGGCGGCUGCUGCGGCGCCCCCUGAGGAGGCCCCCGAGGCCCGGCCGCCAGUUGCCAAGCAGGAUCCUGCUAUCGAAACAGCAGAAGAAGCCACCGAACCAGCCGAAGCAGAUAUCAAUGAACUUUGUAAGGGCAUGUUCAACAAAAUGGCCAUUUACCUCACAGGUGAACUGACAGCCACUAGCGAAGACUACAGACUCCUGGAAAACAUGAACAAGCUAACGAGUCUGAAAUACCUGGAAAUGAAAGAUAUUGCUAUAAAUAUCAGCAGAAACUUGAAGGACUUGAAUCAAAAAUAUGCCGGACUUCAGCCGUACCUGGAUCAAAUCAACUUGAUUGAAGAGCAAGUAGCAGCUUUGGAACAGGCAGCCUACAAGCUGGAUGCGUAUUCAAAGAAGCUUGAAGCAAAGUACAAAAAACUGGAGAAACGGUGAGAGAAGCCCUUUCUGUGACGGGCCCUUUUUUCCUUCAGGAAUUCUUGACUGACUUCCGAGCAGCCAGAAAACAUAUCACUGACUUUGCAGAAAGUGUACUAUGGAAAAUACUCUUGACCAGAAUUGUGACGAAAGUCUUAGAGCAGGGACGGCUGCUCUUUGCAUAGGCUGAAACGUCUUCCUCUCCUUGGAGACACUGGGCCCUUUUACUACUUCCCCUGCGUGUUUGAGCAAGAGCUGAUCCAGUGCCACUGUUCACAGCAACUGCUUCAGCCCGUCUGCCCCAGUCACUCACUUUUUUCUGCAGCUCUAACAGUUCCUGCAACUGCUUGUCUGUGCCACAACGUGGCCCUUUCUGUGGCUUAUAAAGCCCUCGGUUUGUGAGUAUGGAAACUUCCGUUGCACAGUGAAGCGCAGUCUAGCAGUAACAGAUAACCUUGCAGUAAAACAUUGCCCGUACUGUGCUUUUUGGUUUUUUUGCAUAAUAAAGAACACUUGGAAAUGAA